AUUGGUAGGUACAUAGGCCUAAUAUUUAUGUAAUGUGGAAAUUUUCAUAAUAUGAGUCUAAACUCAAGUGGCUUAGAUUUGUUUUAGAAAUAAUAUACCAAUUUCCAAUAAAUGUGAUUCCCCAUAAUGAUCACCAACCGGAGGUAGCCGAAUUAUUUAAUACAUCCCACUUUGAAUUUAACAGUAAACCCUAGCUCUGCUUUCAGGUGCUCAAGGACAGUGUUUCAGUGCUUUCUCUGCUUAAGAGGCGCAGAGUAGGUUUGUUUAUUCCCCUGUCUCAUCAGACGAGUCCGCCCGUUUGCUCACUUCGUCAAGAUGUGAUGAUAAUCUCUGGCAUGUGGGUUCAAAGCAGGUGCGUCUGCGAUAGUGUUACACUUAUCUAAAGUGCCGUACUUAGAAAUAGGAAGUCAAUGAACUGAGAUCAUCAUUGUAGAUGUCCUACAAAGUUUCAAAAAUCCGGUUUAUAUUUUAGUAAGUGUAUUUAAAACCAUGUGCCUCUACUGUUCGCUUCCUCUGGGCGCUUUUCUAGGUAGUCCCGCCUCCUGCGCGUAAAAAGGACCCGACGGCUUUUACGCACUGCAUUCAGUUGGAGCGCAAGAGUAUGCCGGACCCACACAUGGGUUAUCUGAUGCAUAUAGGCUUAUCCUUUCCGAAAUGAUGACUACGGACAGUUGUGAUUUUCUGGAGGGCUUGCAAACCAAAAUUGGAAAGAUGCUGGACUUUAACGUCUCCAAGUCAUUGCGCGAAGACAAUGCCACCAAAAAUUCCAGUUGUGGAUAUGUAUCAGUUGGUUUUCCUAUAUCCAUGAUGAUCACUGGCAUAGUGGGCAACUCAUUAGCUCUCAUUCUGGUGUAUAUCUCUUACAAAAAGAAGGAAAAUAAAAGGAAAAAAUCGUUCUUGCUUUGCAUCGGGUCGCUGGCGUUUACUGACCUGUUCGGACAGCUUUUGACAAGUCCCAUAGUAAUAUCAGUUUACCGAGCUGAUCUGAAAUGGGAGCGUAUAGAUUCAUCGGGCAAAUUGUGCGCAUUUUUCGGUGUGUGCAUGACAACGUUUGGCCUGUGCUCUCUCUUCUUGGCCAGCGCCAUGGCAAUUGAAAGGGCUAUGGCGAUAACAAAUCCCCACUGGUACUCCAACCACAUGAAGACAAGUGUGACAAAGCAGACUUUGGCUGUCAUAUGGUGUCUUGUUUUGCUUUUUGCGCUGCUGCCCAUUGCCGGGGUCGGGGAAUACACACGCCAGUGGCCGGGCACCUGGUGCUUUAUCAGCACGGGGGACAGGGAAGUCCCGGGCAAUAUGUUUUUUGCCAUCACUUUUGCUGUACUUGGGAUUUUCUCUCUGCUUGUUACACUUUCCUGCAAUGUAGUGACGAUCCGGGGCUUAAUUAUGCGGUUUAAAACAAAGUCUGGCACGUCUCAGUCUUCAAAGCAGUGGGAACGGCUCACCACGGAGACCGUCAUUCAACUGUUAGGGAUUAUGUGCGUCCUCCUUAUAUGCUGGUCUCCUCUGCUGGUGAUAAUGCUGAGGAUGAUCUCCAAUCAGGUAUCCUCCCACGACUGCAAUUCAACAGCAGUGACCAGCAAUCGCACCUCAACCCGGGACGUCCAGUUAGACUGUAACUUUUUUCUAACAGCGAUCCGCUUGGCCUCCCUCAACCAGAUCCUGGACCCAUGGGUCUAUCUGCUCUUUAGGGAGAUCCUCCUCCGCAAGUUCUGCAUUAUGGCGAAUGCAGUAUCCAACUGCUCCAUAGAGGAACAGAAGGAGACCCCGACGGCAUUGGAUGCCCUUAACAAGCAGAACCAAGAUGGCAACAACCUUCAUAAACCACAAUGUAGCUAAGUCUUUGACAGGAAUUUCUAUCUUGUGGCUUUGAGGCCACAAUAGAUUGGAUGGAUGUGAAAAUGGAUACGCUAUUAUCAUGGAUGUGUUGUGGGAAAUAUGGAGACAAAAAUGUUCUCCAAAUGCUCCACAAAAUGAUAUUGUGCAAUUGGAGACACUAUUUGUCUCUGUGUUAGUCAUGUCUGCUCUGGGAGUAUUUGGUUUGCUUAAAACAAAUUCCAUUCAAAGUCACCUAACCAGCAUGUGGAUGCAUGACCGUGUCAUCUCUCACAUUUGGCUUCAGUGUGAUUGACAGGAACUCCCUCAAUGCUAGUUUGUUAGUUUGUUAGCCAGUUUUGAUAGCAUCUCCCAGACCAGAACUGAAGCAUCCUUUAAACAACUUAAAGCCAUAAGCCAGCUAAAAGGCAAUUCUUUUAAAUUAAGAAAGAAACUUUAAAUUUGCUUAUUUGAAGUUGUAAAUAGCGUUGCCAUAUCUUACAUGAAAUGUAAUCAUGGUGGUCAUUCAAAAGAAAAAUGCAAAUCCUAAACUGAAGCCAAUUGUUGAUUGUACGAUUAUUUAUUAGUGUCUGUGGUAAUAUGAAGUUAGUAGUUUGUUUGCUAAAUGCUGAUGAUAAUGCUACCUGCUGGGUAUCAGUUGUACAUUUUGAUAUACUGUGCGUGGUGCGCCUCGGCUAGCAGCCAGACUAUAAAAUGUGAAGCUUUUAGUUUGUUGCCACUUUCCCUCCUGAAUAUGAAUGCACUGGUGUAUUUUGCAAUUAUUUUUUCAGCAAUUUUCUCUUCAGAAUAACUUCGAGGCCUGUUAUGAAUGAAGUGUGAGGGAAAGAACUGUAGAUUUGUGGUGUUCAACAUUAAGAGAUUAUGGAUGGCAUGAUGGCCUAAUAUGCUGUCAAGGCGUCAUUGAGCAAUCCCUGCCUUUUCAUCGUAUUAAAAGUAUUCUUGUUCUGUAAGUACACAUUGUGUGAUGACACGUGUACCUAAUUUCACCAACAAAAUCUUUGUUCAAGAAAAAAACUUAUAAUAAUUUGUGCUGGCUUUUGACCAGUUAUAUGUCAAUAUAAGUAGAGAGAUACUGUAGGUAUGCUCUUUGGAUAAAAGACUGAUGAGCAGAAAUAUAAUGGAACGAAGUCCUGUCCAAAACACACACCGUGAAAUUAAAAAGAUCAAAAAGCUUUUUUGGCACACUUGAAACACACUCUAUGCUUUUAAUUCUGCGGUGAUUGCCUUGGACAUGUUGAAUGUGUCGUUCCGUAUUUUAUCGUUUUUCUCUUUAUCAGCCAAAUUGUGUCCUUGGAGCCUUGAUGCUACCUCUAAAUAGAAGUAAAUGUUCAUUUCUUUUAUAGCUUGUACAGUGAAAUUCACCAGAGGUCUCAGAUGAAAUCAAGGUACUUUUCAAUGAGGUGGUUUGCUUUGAGUGCCAAAUGACUUAUGUUAUUAACCAAGAGUGCCGUUUGCAGGCAAUGGCAAUGAUGUAAAUAUGAUCUUUUUGCGGCUACGUUGUCAUGUUUAGCACUGUAAAUGUAUUUGAAGAGGUCCAGCAUCUCAGUCAAAGACAUCUCAAGGAUGGACACAUUUGCUGUUAUAGUAACCUUCAGGUUAUGGGGGACUUUCUCACACCAACACAACUCUGCCUUCUCAGCGCAUCAACAAGAGGCUUAUGUACACUGCUUUGCCGGUCUUGCUUUUGCCUUUCAAAUGUGACAAUACAUACAGGCUCAGUGAUAAUGACUUUAUAGGAAACUGUUAACUGCAAAAGCCAUGUGAAAGAUGAACACUUUCUGUUUCCAGAUGUAAUGUAGAUGUAUUGAUUGUGAAGCCGCUCUGUCUUUGUAGCACUUAAAAGAUUAACCUUGGUUGGUUAACGAAAACAAAAAUGUAGAAGGGAACAAGCAUUUGUUCAGGAAUGUGUUACACAGAAAUCAUUAAUUUGUCAUUAUUCAUUAUUAUUCUGGAGCUCAUUGCCAGCUAUGAAUGUGCAGAAAACACUAAUGUAUUCCUCAUUAAGUAAACAGUUUCAUUAAUGUUGUCACAAUGCUAUCACACUAACAUGAGGAGUGUUCAUUUUAAUGAAUGCUCCACUAAUUGAGCUUGUGGCUCUGCACUAGGCUCUUUUAUUCUAAGCAUAUGUUCAUCUUAUGCAGCAGUUAAUAUGCAUUCAAACAGAAACAUCUGGAGUUUAAUCCAUGCAUUUAAAAAAAGAUUAAAUUUGUUUGCAAGUUGCAGUGGGAUA